GAAUAUCCUCUCGAGUAAGGGGCGUGGUCCACAGUCUAUAAAGCAAAAUGACUACAACUGAAGCAAACUCUGUUUUUGAGGAGCCUCCCGCUCCACAAAGACUUGAACAUGACCCAGAAGAUCAAGAAGAGGCCAUUCCUCCUCCUGAGCAAGUGGGUCCUCCACCAGAAGCUGGGAGAACCUGUGAUCCAUUUAUUGACAGGUUUCCGAGUAUGAUGAAUCAUGACAACAUAUCUGCAGUCCUGGAUGAGCAAGCACAUAUGAUGUCAGUGUUUGAGGUCACCAAUGAGAAGUUAGCGAGUGUGAACAGAAUAUCAGAGCGCAGUUACUUCAAUACGUCUGUGGAGCUACGACAGACCACCAAAACACCUGUUACUAUUGUGUUUAUGGCUGCUCUUUUUGUUCAUUUUAGGAAAGAAGCGUUAGCACUUCAGGAACACUGUGCACAGACCUGUACUGCACACUAUAGGGCGCCUGAACUGUUUGAAGUGCCCUCCAAUUGUACGAUCACAGCUAAGACAGAUGUGUGAUCACUAGGCUGCUCUCUCUAUGCCGCUGCCUUUGGUAAUAGUCCGUGUGAUGGCUCCGCCCUUUCCGCUAUGAGUGGACGAAUCACCUUCCCCAGAGAACAUUUGUACUCUGAGGAGUUUUGUGAGCUGGUGGUGUGUGUGUUGAGUGUGGACCCAGACAGCCGGCCGAGUGUCACGGAGGUGGAGGACAGACUCACCACCCUCCUACAACAAGUUGAAGAAGAGGACUGAAAACAUUCAUCCUUAUUACACUACAUGGUCCCCCCUUCAUUUUGUACACAUCUUAUUUAUUUUCUGUAAUUCGUUUUAUGUUCUCUCACCUAUUAUAUAGUUCAGCUAAAAAUGUAAUAUUAAUAAGA